CUUUGAACUACAACACGACCAUAAUGUUUGGACCCUUCCGCCUCACAAACCCGCUCUCAGGCGGCCUGUUAUGGAAAAUCCCCUUCCGCCUCUCUCGCCACCAAAAAUCCCGGCAGCGCCUGCGCCUCCGCCAUGUCGACCACGUUAUCUCAACACUCUCGUCCGCGCUUGCAAAACAAGCGAAAAGCAUCCGGAAAAUUGAGCGCUGGAAGGAGGUUAUGCCCAUAGAGCAGGAGAUGUUAGCGAAGGACAAAUAUUCCGUGUUUGAUCGCAAGGUUAAGAGAUAUCGGAAGGGGAUGCAUAAGGUUCCGAAGUGGACGAGGGUGAGCCAGAGGUUGAAUCCGCCGGGGUUCUGAGCAUGCGGGGCCGGUGGAACAGGAAUUGUCGGUCUUUAGGGGAGGGGGAGGAUGUACCAUGUACUCUAUGUGUUUCAAUACGGUAUAGACCGAAAGGAACGGCGCUAUUUGACUAAGGCUGGGAAUGUCAUCUCCCAAUGCCUAUGGUGCUCCACGUUAUCGGAUUUCGAGCGAAGACAUAUUGGUCUGAAAUCACUUCGGGUUUUUAAAAUAACCCAACUGAAUUAAAACGGGCACUCAUAGUCUUUUCCGUCUCGUUUUGC